AUGGUCAUGACUCCGACGACAUUGGCUUCGGGUGUGAGCCCUCCUCUUACCACGGAUAAUGACCAUGACCAUAGUGGGCUGAUUGUGGUCAUAACCGCGGUCAACUUGUGUCUGGUUUUGUUUUCUCUCGCAGCGCGCACCUUCUCUUCAUACCAUAGGAAUCGCCUACAGCGAGACGAUUACACCUUUGGCGCUCUCGUGCUUACAGCAAUUAUCCAGAUGGUAAUCGUGUUUUGCCAGGUCCACUUUGGGUGGGGAACUCCGAUUGAUGGCAUCGAAACCACAAGCAAAGAGCAUAUGUUGAAGCGUCCCCGCUGGGAAGUCAUCACAGCCCUAGACAUUUCCACGGAGAUUUUACUUCUUGCGUAUGCGGCGCUUGCAAUCCAUAAAGUCAGGAUUUCGACAAAGAAAAAGAUCGUCGUGUUUUGCGCCCUCGAGAGUCGUAUUGUGCUCAUCCCCAUGGCUGCAGUUCGUCUGCGCUUUAUCCUAAUCCAGCUAUCCUCGAAAGAUCCAACUCUCCUCGGGUCCUUUGCCACGGUCUCAACAGAGAUAUACAUCGGGCUAAGUGCCAUCUGCCUCUUGACGGCCUUUCUCAAGACCUUCAUUGCAGUCUAUGAGGACGAUAUUGGGAUAACAUAUACAUAUCGGAGGCCGUCGAAUUCUGAUUCUCGGUCAAGAACUGCUACGUCGAAAGAUAAACCGUCUCGCAGGCUCUCCCGUAGUGUGAGAAUAGAGAGGACAGUGAAGGGCUGGGAGCGAGAAGAAGACCCGAUUAUCACACCAUCUGAGGCUGCAUGA